AUGAGGGGGGAAAGAGGGGAGCUGGAGAAGGGGAUAGAGGAGAGGGCGAGAGCGUCGGGCAGAGAGCGAAGAGACCCAGAGACCAAAAUGCCUGAACUCAGUAAGGUGCGCCUGUGCUUCCUACUCAUGGCAAUGUCAGGCAUUGCAGGGCCGGCGCUGGGCGACGUGAUUGGUCGGAGGAACGCCGAUGAUUCACUUACCCCCGAUGGGGCAGCAGACGCUUCACCUCCUCCAGAUCAAGCAUCAGACUGUAAAGAGGUCCAGUACCCCUGCACCCGGGUAUAUUCUGUACAGAAGCCAGUCAAGCAAUGUAUCAGCUACCUGUGUGUCACCAGUGUUCGACGGGUUUAUAUUCUCAACAAGGAGAUCUGCACAAAAAUCAUGUGUAAAGAGGAUGAACUUAUUGAGGAAGACAAGUGUCGACAACUGGCUGGACUACCUCCCCGACGCCUCCCUCAGCCUGACACUCCUGAUGCUCCUGCAGCUUCGGAAGACAAAACAACCCCUGAACCAUAGGGGAAAUCGUUACAGGGAACCCCUGAGAUAUUGUUUAUCCUAAGCCCCAAAUAUUGCACCAGAACCUUCUGAAAUCUGCACCCCCAGAAUACUGUAUCCAGGUCCAUAACACAGACCUCAAAUAUUGUACUUUCCUACUCAUACCCAUUUUAUAGCCCCCCCCCCCCCCCCCCUUCUACAGGACUUCACCAACUCUUUCCAUAUGGCCCAGUCUAGGAACAUUUAUAAGCCAGGUGUCUGGAUCAAAGGUGCUACAUCAACAAAGUGUGGUGGGACUUUUGUGGUAGGGUUGAUCAUCUUGGCACAGUAUAACAAAUAUAUGUCACUUUAAGUACUAUAUAAACCCA